UGAGCCACAACCAAGCACUGAUGUUCUCAAAAAGGGGGGUGGGCAUGGCUGCCCUGCUUAAAAAAGGGAGGAGGGGCAAUUAUCUCUUGUACCCCACUGUCUCCAGCACCUAUGCCACAAUAACAUACACCCUUCCCCAAGGAAACUGUGAUAUUUGUGUGUUUGUAUUUUGUUAGAUUUAUUUUUAAGAUUCUUAUUGCAACAAGAUAACAUCAGAGAAGCGGGGUGUAUACUGUGUGUUGAAGACUAAUAUUCCUGUGGUUAUUUGAAUCCACAGACAGACCCAAUCCUGCUACCAUUAAAGUCGACAGGAGUUUACCAACUUUCAUGGGAUCAUGAUUGGGAUGCAUGCAUAUGUGCAUGUGUUUCUGUGAGGAUGUAGUACAGAAAAAGGAAGAAACAUGCAUUUAAUCACUGAGAAAUGUUAUCUGUUUUCUUCCCUACAUUUAGACACUGAAAAGCAUUUUGAAUCAGAACUGAAAAAACUAAGAACUGAAAUAGAUUGGAGAAGGGCUCGCAACAAUGCAGGUGACAUCAUUCUUGAUGCAGGCACAGCCCACCCCAACCUCUCCAUUUCUGGGGAUAAGAAGAAUUUGAAACAUGAAGCCCAACCUCAGAAAGUUCAUCAAAAGCCAGAGAGGUUCGAUUCGACUGUCUGUGUGUUGGGCUCUGAAGGAUUCUCCUCUGGAAAGCACUACUGGGAGGUGGAUGUUGGGAGCAGCACUGACUGGGACCUGGGAGUGGCCAGAAAAUCCAUAAAGAGAAAAGGAAAACUUUCCUUGUCCCCUAAAGAGGGAUUCUGGGCUCUGGGUGUGAGUGGGAAAGAUUGUUGGGCAAAAACAGACCCAUGGACCCGGGUCCUGGUGCAGAAAAAGGUCAAGAAAAUUGGAGUUUACCUUAAUUACCAAGAUGGACAGGUGACUUUUUUCAAUGUAACUGACAUGUCUGUGUUGUUCACAUUUAAUGAUUGUUCAUUCUCAGGUGCUGUUUAUCCAUUCUUUAAAAAUUCCCACAAAGAAACAAUAAUGAGAAUUUGUUCUAUAAAAGAAGACUAAUCAUUUUAAAAUGUUGUGAGAACUACAGAUAAAGUCCAUGAACCACUAGGUAACCACCACUAGGAAAUCUCAUUGAUAACUUUAUUCUUUGUCCCCCAGGACCUUGAUGUCUGGGAAGGAAAUAUUUGAACUACUCCGUUUUCCAGUUGUACAUAAUUUAUUAUCAAAACUAAGUAAUGGAGAAAAGGGAAGACAAAAUAAUAAUAAAAAAUAUAAAUAAAACAAAAAAAUAAAAUAAGUAAAUGUAAAUAUAAAAUUGUCAUAUCAAUUCAAUUAUCAGUGUAACUAAAUAAAAACAAUAUCAAGUAACUCCUCUAUAUACAAGCUGAGGUAAUGGCAGUCCAUUUACCUAUCAGCCAAAACUACUUGAACUUUGUCUCAGUUAGGUCUAAUCUUGUAUUCCAGGCUGGUACAAAGGGGAGAAAAACAAACCAAAAGCUAAAGCUGAUGUUUGAAACACAGUUUAAAUGCCACCAAUGAGCUGCCUCCAAGAUUUCAGUGGUUAAAUUAUAGUAAUCCUUAUAUGGUCACAUGGAAUCUUCCUAAUAAUUCAGGAUAAUGGAACGUUUUAUAUUUAACAAGGCCACAAUUAUAACUAAUGACAAUUUCUUAGAUUUUAAGUUAAUUUCCAGCAUGAAAAAAAUCAUUCAGAAUGAUUUAGCCAUACAUAGAAAUGAAAAUUCCUCAAUAUUUUUUUUUAAGUUUCGAUAUUUUGCAAGCAGAUGUUUCACUUUAUUAAUUGGUGAUGUAACAGACUAAAUUUGAACAGGUGCUUUAACAUCAAAAUCUGAGUGAAAGCUUAGACUUUAACCCUAAAAGGUCGUUUACCUUAAAAAUCAUAAUUUUAGGUUCACAUUUCAGGGUAUCACUACUCAUGUUAUCGUGGUGUAUCUUUAAAAUCCUCUCAACAAUAAAAAUAUCAUAAAGAGAGAAAUAUAAUGUUUUUAUUUA